CGCCGCGCUGACAGUUCUGGCUGUCAUUCGUGCACCGAGGACAAAAACAAAACUCAUCGCACUCGUCGAUGGUGGUUGCGCACAAAACGAGCAACACAGACAAAUAGCCGUCUCAUCGUAGCUGGAGUCGUAACUGGAGCUGAAAUCCGCACAACUCCAGCCCCAACCAACAAACCAACUACGCACAGAAUGAGCAGCAAGAGCACGUUUUUCUACGAACUGGCCCGGAAAUCGGAGAACGAAAUACAGGCGACGCUGAUGCGCUGCCCGAGCCACAUUACCGAGCGGGACGAGAGCGAACGGCUGCUCGUCCACUGGGCGGCACUCGUCGGCCAGGAGCGGCUCGUCGAGUCCAUCCUCGAGCGGCACCCGGACCAGCUGAACGCGGAGGACGACGCCGGGCUGACGCCGCUAAUACUGGCCACGCUCGGUCGCCAUCCGGCCAUCGUCACCAUGCUGACGUUUCGCGGCGCCAACGUGCACCAGCGCAGCCGGCGGGGCCAUUCGGCGCUGCAGUACGCCUGCUCGAAGAACCAGCCCGCCAUCGCCCGGCACCUGGUGCAGCUCGGCGCGAACGUGGACGUGGUGGACUACCUGAACGAGACGCCGCUGCACCGGGCCACCGCCAUCGGGUCGACCGAGCUGAUCGGGCUGCUGAUCGAGGCGGGCGCCAGCCCGAACAUACCGAACAGCGAGGGCAACACGCCCCUGCACAUGGCCUGCGAGGAGGACAAGCAGGAGUGUGCGCUCGAGCUGGUGCGGGGCGGCGCCAACCUGGAGCUGCAGAACCGGUACGAGAAGACGCCGCUCGACCUGGCGUCCCGCUCGCUGCGCCAGGUGCUGUCCGCGUCGGUCGCAAGCAGGCGCCAGGCGGGUUAGAGUAAGGGAUCGGCGGGGCGGUGUUAGAUUUAAGAGCGUUACGUUACGAGCUGGCAAGUGCACGUGUACCGCACGCGCACCCUAUUAUGUGUGUGUGUGUGUGUUUUAAAUACUCCAAGUGCGAGCGUUGCGAGGUCAUUUGUUGCUGUCAGCGAAACAGUGAAUUAAAAUUACUACUUGAACUAAAAACGUUUAAAAAUUAAAAUAAAAACUCACCCACGCGUGUACUGUAGGCGUGGGCAAUUUGGUUAAUUUCCAUAAACGUGAA